AUGGAGCUGAAAGAAAAACGCUCAGUCAUCAGCCGCGAGCUGAAAACCCUUGAGCCCGGAUCUCUCUACAUCACAAUCUCCGUCCCUCCUCGAUCCGGUGCCCAUCAGUCUUUCUCCGAUUUCCACUACCUGCCCUACCUCCCUCACGAUCUGGACUUGGCAUCUUACGAAGUCUCGUGCGCCGAGGGUAUCGAUAAAGAGGAAUUCGACUGGGGCGUCUACCUGCACCGAGGCCAUGGCAACGGCACCUGGUAUGGACUCCGCCGGCUAAGCAGCUCGAUCGACGCAAGCAUGGGGAUGGGGACAGCAAGCAUGGGUGAUGCUGCUGCUUCUACUGCUACUGGCAGUAAUUCUACGGGUGUUGGCGCCAAGACGACGGUAGCAUCAUCUCGCAGCAUGCCCUUCUACACACUCUCCAGGCAGGACAUGCGCCAGUCGCCGCGUCUGCAAGCCCGCGUAGCCGGCCUCAUCAGGGUCCUGCGAGUCCCGAGCCUCUUGGUCGCUGGCUUGACGUCCUACCUGGACUGGCUGGCGGUUCAGACGGCAUCCAGCGCAACGAGGUCCUUCAUCUGGGCGUCGUCCAUGUAUCUCCGCGCGCGGCGCCACCUUUCGGCCGACCACCACCCUCAUGAUAACGGUACCGGCACCGUUGCGACGGGCUUCUUGUUUGAUACAAAGGGGUUCCUGCAGGAGGCCCUGCACCUGGCUUACACGGAGGUUUGGUACGGACUUGCAGGGCAACUACCGAGACCCAUCAUGGCCUCUGCGUUUGGAGUCGAGCUGGUAGUAGUCGCACCACCCGCAGAAGCCCUAACGGGGACCGCCGUGGAGGCAAUUGUACGCGACUAUGCGAGCAACGAUGAGGAGGAUCCCGGCGCCGGUGCCAGAUCUGCUGCCGAAGACUACUACUACUGCUACCACCAAUGGGGGUCUCGAUAUCCGCGCUCAGCCUCGGAAGCAGGGUCUUCGGACGACGACAGCAGCACCCUUGUGGGCGACGAAAACAUGGGGUUGGCAGAUGCCGCAGAUAGCAUCUCGAUCGGCUUCUCAGCAUGA